UUUAUCUUGUUUGAUUCAUACACAUACUAUUGAAAAUAAAUUCUACGACGAAGAACCAGUCAGAGGUUGAACAACACAUGCAGAAAAACGAGAAGAUUUCCUUGGGAAUUGUUUCGGCAAAAAUAUGAGUGUUUCUGCGGAAAAAAUAUUCGGCAGAAUCCUGCAUGAAAAACUAAGCAGAAUAAAGAACAUUUCUGCUGAAAAAAUAUUCGGCAGAAUCCUGCACGAAAAUUUCCGCAGAAAAGCAGAUUUUUCUACAGAAAAAUAAGUCUGCAUACGUUCCGAAAAAACAUUUCGUCGUGAAUCAGCGUUUCCCCGCCGAAAACUGAAAAUUUUCUGCAGAAAAAUUGAAACUCCCGACGAAAAAAUAUUUUCCCGCAGGAACCUGCGGAAUCACGCUCAUUUUUUUUCACUGGGUUGGAGGUCUACCAUUACUGGCCUUGUGUUGUUUCGGUCUGCUCGGUUUAAUAUUUGCAGGCAUAAUCGUGACCGCCCUAAUUCCUGUGUAUUUACAAAGACAUGGUAUCAAUGGCCGUCAACGAGAAAGUGGUAUUAUUCAAACAAUUUACAAUCUGCCUGCAUCCGAUGGGUUACUGAUUAUUAAUGGUCAGGUAUCACAAUCAAGGUAUGGGGUGUUACAAAAUAUAGUAAGAAGUAGACUUAUCCUGCAACAACAGUUGGACAAUGCAACCGGCGCCAGUCGAGCACAACAAACACAAGUUAAAGUGGUCAACGUAGUCGUAACGCAACCACAAAACAUUGGGGAAAAGUUACGUAAUGACAGUUAA